UUCCCAUUUCAAUUGCCUUUGUUGGCCCCAACUUGGUUAACUCCAAAAGCUUUAUAAACACCAGAAGACAAGCCUUUCCUUUGUCUCAACCACACCUCAAAACAAACCCAAUUAACUAGCUUUAUUCUCUUCAGUGUCUGUAUUAGCCAUGGCCUUUGUGGUGAGGGUUUUGGUCUUUGUGGCUCUGACAUUGAUGGAGCUUUCUAUGGCUGCCAUUUACAAGGUUGGAGACUCUUCUGGGUGGACCACCAUUGGUAAUGUCGAUUACAAACUAUGGUCUGCUACUAAGAACUUCCAAGUUGGUGAUAUAAUAAAAUUUGAGUACAAUGCUCAGUUUCACAACGUGAUGAGAGUGACACAUGCAAUGUACAAGACAUGCAACGCCUCACUACCUUUGGAAACUUACACCACAGGCAAUGACACCAUUACCAUCAAGACUCGAGGCCACCACUUCUACAUGUGUGGUGUUCCCGGCCACUGUCAGGGGGGCCAGAAGGUUGACAUCAACGUUCCUCGAACUGUGUCUACCGACAUUGCUCCCACUCCUUUGGUUUCGGUCUCUCCUCCGGCUCCAGCAGUCAAGGCGCCUGCGCCAGCUUCCAAUGUGGCUUCUCAGAAGAGUCAUUCUGUUUUGCUUGGUUUGGCUGGUGCUGUGGUUUUUGUAGUCUUCGGCUCAUCUAUUCUUGCUUAGUUGCAUGUUGAGAAUGUGUUUAUUUUAGCAUAUUUUUUUAUAUAAAUUUUUUUUUGUUCUCCUCUUAUGUCUCUUUGGUGGCUAAAGAGUUUGUUUCUCAAAUGUACUCGAGUUGUACAAUCUUUUAAAUAAGUUUUUUCAAUAAUAGUAGUAGCACAAUCUUGAAUCUUUUA